AUGAUGAUGCAGAAACUUCCGGUGGAAUUGGUAGAGGAAAUACUCUAUAGAGUCCCAGCCACAUCUCUGAAACGACUAAGGUCUUCUUGCAAACAAUGGAACGCUUUAUUCUACAACCAAAGAUUCACCCAUAAGCACUUCCGCACAGCUCCUAAGGAGUCAAUGAUUCUCAUGUUGAAGGAUGUUAGGGUUUUUCCUGAUGAUAAACUCGUGGUUUGGAACCCGUGUUUGAGAGAAACCAGGUGGAUUCAACUCAAAGCUGAUUACAAGAAACAGUACUCUAGGUUUGCUCUAGGAUACAAAAACAACAAAUCUUGUCGUAGCUACAAAAUCUUGAGGUGUUGGAGACAUGACAUUAAUGAACGAUUCUAUGAUGUUUCAUAUGAAAUCUACGAGUUUAGCUCUGAUUCAUGGAAGGUUUUUGAUAAGUUCUCUUUACAAGACAGCAUAGUAGUUAAAACUGGUGUGUCUUUGAAAGGAAAUAGUUAUUGGUUUACAGCAAAAAAUAAGUUACUAAGUUUUGAUUUUAAGACAGAGAGUUUUAAACCUUUGCGAUGUCUUCCACCGCCAGUUCAGGAUUGUGAUUGGAUAAUUCUAUCAGUAGUUAGAGAAGAACAAAUCUCAGUGAUACAUCAAAACUAUUCAAAUAUUGAUAUUUGGAUGUCUAAUAACAUUGAUGAUACUCAAGCUACCUUGUCGUGGAGGAAAUCAUUUAGUGUGGAAUUAAAACUUCCCACUAAUUUUUGUUUUUAUUUGAUAUGCCCCCUUAGCUUUCUGAUCGAUGAAGAGAAAAAAGUGGUCGUGUGUUUUAAAAGAAAGGAUUUUAACAGUCAUAUGGUUAUUAUGGGAGAGGACGGUGCAUAUUACACUGAACACUCUCUUGUAUCAUCUGAAACCUGGACGGAGCAUCCAUGCAUAUUCAAUUAUGUUACAAGUUUGGUUCGAAUCCAGUGA